AUGGACCUGGACGCGACGCUCGAGCGUCUGAAUGCGCUGAAGCUGCACGAGGCAAACACUGGGACUAGUACAGCGGCUUCCAUCCAAGCACGGGCUCGUCGGCAUGCAGAGCAGGCGGUGCAGCUCCAUCAGGAGGUGCAGCGACUCCAGGACGAGAACGAGCGCCAUGUGCGCGAGCACGAGCGGCAGAUGCAGCGCUUUCAGUAUGAGAUGCACGAGAUCCAGAGGCGACUGGAGGCCUCGGAGCACCAGAACCGGCUGUUGAAGGCGUCACUUGGCGACGUGGUCACGUACAGACGUGCGGCAGAGACGCAGCAGCUGGUGAUUGAAGAGCUUCAGACACAAGUCAAGCAGCUGCGGAGAUCGAACUACCGACUGCAGUAUAUCGUGCAACAGCACGAGCCACGAGGUCCAGGCUCGUUUUUGCCACCGCGACCGCCAGAUAUUUGCUGA